AUGGCGAUCUGGCCGGAGUUGUUAGCUGCGAGCCACAGGUACUAGCAGCCCCGGCCGGCUCCUGCGCGCUGCGCCUUCGCGGACCUGCCCCAAGGAAGAGGGUCCGAGGGACUUGACGGCCUCUCCCACCUCAGCGAAUUUGGGCUCUUGGCCCUUUUCCCUUUGGGGAAACGAACCCGCGCUCGGACGGCUUCCCGGUUUCCGGCGGGUGGCCCCGGGGGCCCGGGGCAGCGCCUCUGGCUCCGAGGGACCCGCCCCGCGCCGCGCCCCCUCUGCCCGGGAGCGCAGGCCGUGGGGAGCCGGCCCCCUGCCGCGGCGAUAACCCCCAGGGGGAGCGCAGCCCUCGGAGCUGCCGUGCGCCAUGGAGGGGGCUCCUGGACGGACCCCGGACGCGGCGGUUGAGGCGCUGCCGCCCGCGGCCGAAGCGCACACGUCGGAGUCCGAUUCGGUCAGCAGAGACAAUCGCCUCUCGUUCUGUACAAAGCUGUGCUAUGGUAUUGGUGGGGUCCCCAACCAGGUGGCCUCCAGCGCGAUAGCCUUUUACCUGCAGCUCUUCCUGCUGGAUGUGGCCCAGAUCCCUGCUGCCCAGGUGUCACUUGUUCUGUUUGGAGGGAAGGUGUCUGGGGCAGCUGCGGACCCCGUGGCUGGCUUCUUCAUCAACAGAAGCAGGAGGACAGGGGCUAGACGCCUCAUGCCCUGGGUGCUGGGGUGCACGCCCUUCCUCGCCCUGGCCUACUUCUUCCUGUGGUUCCUGCCCCCCUUCACUGCCCUGCACGGCCUCUGGUACGCAACCUUCUACUGCCUGUUCCAGGCCCUGGCCACGGCCUUCCAGGUGCCCUACACGGCGCUCACCAUGUUCCUGACGCCCUGCCCCCGGGAGCGGGACUCGGCCACCGCCUACCGGAUGACCAUGGAGAUGGUGGGGACGCUGGUGGGAGCCGCCGCCCACGGGCUCAUCGUGUCGGGGGCCCACAAGCCCGGCCGCUGCCCGGAGGCCGCGCUCCCCGGGCCUGUCGCCGUCGCCCCGGACGCGACACGUCUCUACUGCAUUGCAGCCACCGUGGUUGCUGUGACUUACCCGGUGUGCAGCUGCCUGCUCUACCUGGGGGUGAAGAAGCAGCCAGACGCCCCCGCCCCAGCCUCGGGCCCAGGCCUGGGCUUCCUGGCCGGGCUGGGCCGCACGGUCCGGCACCCGCCCUACCUGAAGCUGGUGGUCUCUUUCCUGCUCAUCUCAGCAGCGGUUCAGGUGGAGCAGGGCUACCUGGUGCUGUUCUGCACGCACGCCUCCCGACUGCACGGCCACAUCCAGGGCCUGGUGCUGACCAUCCUGGCAUCAGCUGUGCUGAGCACCCCGCCGUGGGAGUGGGUGCUUCAGCGGUUCGGGAAGGAGACAUCGGCCUUUGGGAUCUUUGUGAUGGUGCCUUUUGUGAUCCUGUUGGCCGCCUUGCCCACUCCGCCCGUGGCUUACGCAGUGGCCUUUGGAUCUGGCAUGAGCAUUGCCAUAUCCCUGCUGCUACCCUGGUCUAUGCUGCCGGAUGUGGUGGACGACUUCCAGCAGCAGCACUGGCACUCGCAUGGCCCCGGCCUGGAGACCAUCUUCUACUCGUCCUACGUCUUUUUCACCAAGCUUUCGGGUGCAGCUGCCCUGGGCAUCUCCACCCUCAGCCUAGAGUUCGCAGGGUACAAAGCAGGAGCCUGUGAGCAGGCGGAGGAGGUGGUGGUCACCCUCAAGGUCCUUAUCAGCGCUGUGCCCACCUGCAUGAUCCUCGCCGGCCUCUGCAUCCUCAUGGUGGGCCCCAAGCCCAAGCGGCCAUGCCAGGACGGCUCCCGCCAGCUCAGCCUUCAGAGGAGGACCAGCUACAGCCUCGCUUAAAGUCAGAGACUUCCGCGAGCCAUCUUCUGGGCCGGAAGGCUCUCUUUCUUCCCAUCCCUUAGCACCCCUCUCUAGGAGUUCAGCACACAACCUGUUUUUCCCCUGUGAUAUGGAGUCUUGGGUGACGUUUCUGGGACUCCCACCUGGCCAUGUCUUGCCCACUGACCGCAGACCAUCCCAGAUAGGCCUGUGCCUCUGAACACCAGCUUCAGGCAACAGCUGACCCUGAAAGCAACCCAGUAGCAACCAUUCCUGGGAAAACGCCAAUCCAUCCUGGCCAACAGCCUCCCUUGUAGGAACACCAGGCUCCAAAAACUGCUGGGAUGGCAAAACUCACCUGACAGAGGCAGUACAGUGGCCCCUUGACCUAUCUAGUUGCCUCAAACCUGGGUUUCUUCUUGGAUUGUCUCCCAUUCACUCCACCACACCUUCCCCACAUCCACUGGAAGAGACCUGAAGUUUGCUUGUCGAAGUGGGCAGUGGAACAGAAGGGUUACAGCUUGUGAGUUAUUAUCAAGUGGGAGAAGUUAUUCGAAAUUGGAUGGAAAGUUUUAACACCAGAUAUGGAUGGGUGUGACUCAUAAAAAAAGGUGAACUGAGGUGGCUCCCAGAUGCUUCAGAUGUGCAUGGGUGUAUGUUUUGUGUAUUCUGUUGGGACUCAGUUUUCCUGGGUGCAGUUUUCAGUGUUCACCUCAUCCAUCUUAUGGAUGAAAUCGGUGCAUGAGCAAUAAGAAAUCAGAGCAUUAGGCUCUGAUUGUUCCCUAAUUUAUAAAUCAUAUUGGAACAAAUUUGUACUUUCAAAACAAGCAAUGUAACAGAACUGUGUGUGUGUGUAUGUUUGUGUAGAGAGAGAGAGAGAUCCAUAAAGUAAUGCCAUAAAAUAUUAACAACUGGGGAAUCUGGGUAAAGGGUGUAUGGAAGUUCUUUGAACUAUGCUUGCAACUUUUCUGGAAGUUUGAAAUUAUUGCCAAAUAAAACAGUUUUGUUUUGU